GAGUGAAAUUUUAAUUCACUAUACGUCCAUAACAAUAAUAAUUCUAAAUUGUGAUAAGCAAUUAUCGGAGUUGUGAAGCACGAAAUGACGAUUCACUCUUCAGUUAUCAUCACUCAAGUCUGAGAGAAUCAUCUUCUGCAACUUUGGAUUGAGUUAUUGAGAAUGUUAUUACUCGGAAUUGCUAUAUUAGUGGGACUUUUGUCCUGUUUUGUGCUGUGGUGGAUAUGGAUUUACACCUUCUGGUCCCGUAAGGGUAUUCAUGGUCCUAAACCUUCCUUGAUUUUCGGAAAUUUUCCCAACUAUCUCAACAGAAACCUCAUUUACGAUUUGGACGAAAUUUACAAAAAAUACCGAGGAUGUCCUUUCGUUGGGAUCUACGCACUUCGCAAACCCAAGAUUUUCAUCACAGAUCCUGAAUUUUCACGGAAAAUUCUAGUUGGUAAUUUUCGUCAGUUUCACAAUAAUGAAGCCUCAGAUAUGGUUAGUCUGAAAUCUGACCCAAUUAUUGGGCUCAAUCCCUUUUUUAUGCGAGAUGAAAUGUGGAAAUCCACUAGACAGGAGAUUACUCAAGGUUUCAGUAAUAUACGGGUGAAAGCACAAUUUCCCAUUAUGGAAUCUUCCUGUCACAAGAUGACAAAUUACCUGAGAUCCCAUGUAAAAUCUCAAGGAUCCAGGAUAACAGUAUCAGAGAUCACUCGUCGCUAUACUAAUGAGAAUCUUAUGAAUUGCAUUUUUGGCCUGGAAGCUAAUGCUUUUGAUAAUAAUAAAGCUGGAUCCUUGCAAAUGUUUACGGAUUAUUUGGCUGAAUUCUGGCGAAUUGACUACUUUUUUAUGUACUCAUUCAUCUGGCCAAUGUUUAGGAGUAUCUACAAGUACAAAAUACUCAAUACGAGGCUUAAGAAUUUUUUUGUAGAUAUGCUGAAACAUGGAAUGGCAUUUAGGGGUGAAAAUCCUGGCAAUAGAGAGGAUUUUCUGGCAUUUCUUAUGCAAAUGCGUGAGAAGAAGGAUACUUCAAUGGAUGAAAUGCUUGCCCAUGCAUUGACAUUCAUCCUGGAUGGAUUUGAGACAUCAGCUCUUGUGAUCGAUUCCAUACUUUAUGAAUUGUCCCGAAAUUCUCGGGUGCAGAAGAAAUUACGGCAAGUGAUUGAGGAUGUAAGGAAGUCAGAGGGAAAUCUCUCAUUUGACACCAUUAGUGAUUUGCCUUACUUGGACCAAGUAAUGAAUGAAACCUUAAGACUUCAUCCGCCUAUCCUCUUCUUCCUGAAGCAGUGCAAUGAAUCUAUGCAAGUGCCUUUUGGUAAUGGCAGUGAAACGAAGACUUUUCCCAAAGGUAUUACUGCCAUGAUGUCUAUGUAUUCCCUCGGACGUGACCCAGUUUUCUAUGAGAAUCCCAAUGACUUUCAUCCCGAGAGAUUUGACGAUGGUGCAGUGAAAGAUUACAGGGACAAGGGUGUAUUUGUUCCCUUUGGAGAUGGUCCUCGGAUUUGUAUAGGGAUGAAAUUUGCAAUAGCACAAAUCAAGACAGCUAUCGUGGGAAUAGUGAGGAAUUUUAAUCUUACACUUGGCACUGACAUGAAAGAACCCCUAGGGCUUCAGAAAACCUUCUUUGGAAUUCCUGCACAGGAUAUUACUGUCAAUUUUGAUCCAUUGUCUGAGGAGUAGUUUUUGAAGAUUGUUUCGUAGAUUUACAAAAAUGUGUAAAGUAGUUUAAAAUUUAAAUGUUUUCUUCAAGAUUUAUCGAAAUAACCUGUUCUUGUGCUAUGUUUUUGGGAUUAAGAAUAAAUAAUCAAAAAAAUCAA